AAAAAAAAAAUAAAAAAAAAGAGAAAGAAAGGCUGGGUCGAAAGAAAAAAUUUUAAAAACCUUUUUUUAUAAUAUAUUUUAUUUACAAAUAUAAUUAAUCAAAAUUUUUAUACGAAUUUAUUGUGAAACUAAAAUUUAUUUUAAUUUGGAAUACAAAAUGAGUGAAAUCUUAGAUUUAGAGAAAGUCAAAACAAAUCUAGAAAACAUAAAUGAAAAUCUAAAAAAACUAAUCGCCGGCGAAGUGCUAGACAAUUGCACUUUAGAAGAUACAAAAUUACAAAUUAGAUCCAUUCGAAAUGCCUGUUCCCAAGGAACUCAAGCUCAAAACUUUCUCAUUGAACAGGAAGAGACAAUUGCUUAUAUGCAAAUGAUUGUCUCUAAAGAUUUACAAGCUAAAGAUUUGAUUGAGUUGUCGUGGCAAUUUGUUGCCAAUUUAACUGUCCAAAAUGAAAAAUCCCAGAAAUUUGUUUGGGAUCAUUUGGGUGAGACUCUGACAGACGAUAUAAGAAUUCACCCGAUUGAUAAUAAUACUGACAAAAAACUCAUGAUUAUUUAUAAUAUCUGUCGGGGUGGUUUGGUCGAAUGUAGUGAAAAGUUUGCUCUAACUUUGCUAGCUGAUAUUUGGCAUAGAAUUGUUGAAGAGCAAAGUAAUGAAGAAUUGGUCUUUGUUGAUUUGUUUUUCGAGUAUUUCUUGGUUACAAAUCAAUGGACAUUAAGAUUGUAUGCUACAAUUAGUGCACAAAACCGGAUUGAUAUUUUAAAGUAUAUAACAACUUAUAUUCGAAAUGAUAGUCCAAAUGGUCCAAUUCGUACUAUUCUCAUGGAAUACAUAUCAAAAGAGUUUAAAAAGAAAGCUGAUUGUAUUCUGAGAAACUCGGGAGAUAUGGAAAAUAGUUUGCAUCCUCAAGAAGUUUAUAAUUUAUUGAGUGUAAUUUCAUGCGCUACGGGAAGUGAGCUAUAUUACAAUAUUUAUGCUAGAGAUGAUGCAUUGUUUUUGAGUGCUGGAGCAUUGUUGCAGAGUAUUGUUGCAUUGGGAAAGAAGGAACCUAAUCAAUUUACUCCGAUGACAAAGUUGGAAGAAGUUGCUCCAGGAUCGAAUAUUGAUACUUCAUUUGAAUUGGAAAUAUCAUUUGAGCUGAAGACAUUGUUGGUGCGGACAAUUGGGAAUUUGUUGUGUACUAAUAGGCACAAUCAACAACAUUGUAUUGAUACUAAACUGUUGCCGGCAUUGUUGGAGUGUACUAAUAUGGAUGCUAGGAAUCCGCUCAUCAAAGAAUGGAGUAUACUGGCCAUCCGGAAUGCAUGUUAUGAUUGCCCAGAAAUUCAACAUAUGAUAUCUGAACUCACUGAAGCUGGCCAAGCUCCAAAUCAACUUUUAACUGAGCUCAAUAUUGAAAUGGGUGCUCUCCGGAUACAGCCAAAAGAAUAA